GGCACACCCACACCACACACACACACACACACCUUUGCCUUCUCGUCGUCCUCCUCCUCCUCCUGCUCCUCCUCCAGCUCUUGGAGAGAGAGAGAAAGAGAAAAGCAAAGAAAGAGGUGCUGAGCCUGGGCCUCCCGCACCGCGCCGCCGCGCACAAUAUGGAGGAGCUGGUGGUGGAGGUGCGCGGCUCCAACGGGGCCUUUUACAAGGUUCCCGGGAGAGCUGUAUUGCUGGUGCACGGAGUUUAAGGCGGGGGAGGAGAGGGGUGCUUGUUCCAUAUACGUUCACAAUAAGAGCUGUUGUCAAUUAUUUUUCUUAAUGCCAUGGCUGGGGAUGUUGCAUAUUGUGCAUUAAAGAGAGUGUUGCUUGACCAAAAAUGUUUGCUGAGCUGCUAAAUGCAUCUUACUAGCCAUUGCACCUUUUACUGAAAUUACUGAACAGCAUUCCAUGUUUGUUUCCAAAUCUGUAUGCUGAAUAAAGCUAUCGCUGAUUCUUCGAUACGCAUGUUGUGUUCUUAAUAUUUCUGUAAAUACCGUGUAGUAUUGUCGUGGCUUUGCUUUUGUUAGGAUGCAUUAAUUAGUGUAUUAUUAGGGUGCAAGAUGUGGUUUUACCCUGUUCACUGAAAACCCAAGUUUGAGCGUGGUGAAUUUGGGCCUACUAUCAUUGUCACGUAUACCUGUUACAAACAUACUAGAAGCACUCCUCAGUCGUUUUCUGUAAGUUUACUGUUAUUUAAAUGUUGUAGUAUUUUUAAAAUUUAGACGUUGUUAUUGUGCAGCAUCAAAUAUUUAUGUUAGUAAGGAAAGAAGAGGUAGAAUUUCACACUCUGUUAAUGUGGUAGGGUAGACUGGUAUCCAAAUGAUACAGGUCCAACACCCUUGACUUGAGUUUUUUCCAUGGAGACAAUUUAAUAACUUAUUUCUCAAAUGCAUUUGUUAAUUCUCAUUCUGGAGAAGUUUAAAAUAAACGAAUAAGGAAAGUAUGGAAGAAGUCUGAAAGCUUGGUACACAGAUAUAUUCUUCAGGUUUGCAAUGUUGAAGUUAAAGUCCUGGAUCUGCAUAUCACUUCCUGUAAUUAAGUUAUUUAGUGCUUUGAAAAAUCAGCUUUGAGGUUUUUAAGGGUAUAGUAUUUACUUAGGAAAAAACACAGGCAUAAAUGUGUUACUUCAGAGAGAAGGUCUAAUGAGGCUUUCAUCAAGUUAUAUGACAGUAUUUCUACAAUAAUGCAAAAUAAAUGAUACUAAAAAUGAUAUUGUACAUUCUUUAGUAACCAAUGUUGUUAAAGAAACCAGAGAGAAUAUAAAACUUCUGUGAAGUUUUUUUUUUUUUAAGUCAAAUGUAGUUCUAAUGUCAUUAUGUUCUUUUUCUCUUUCCUCCAAAACAUGUGCACGCUUCUGAUUGUAGUCAAGGCAUUUGUAAAGGAUGUACAUGAAGAUUCAAUAACAGUUGCAUUUGAAAACAAUUGGCAACCAGAGAGACAAAUACCAUUCCAUGAUGUGAGGUUUCCACCACCUGCAGGCUAUAAUAAAGACAUAAAUGAAAGUGAUGAAGUGGAGGUUUAUUCCAGGGCAAAUGAAAAAGAACCCUGCUGCUGGUGGUUGGCUAAAGUGAGAAUGAUAAAGGGUGAGUUUUAUGUAAUAGAAUAUGCAGCCUGUGAUGCUACAUACAACGAAAUUGUCACAAUUGAGCGUUUGAGAUCUGUGAACCCUAACAAACCUGCAACAAAAGAUACUUUCCAUAAAAUCAAACUGGAAGUGCCAGAGGACUUAAGGCAAAUGUGUGCCAAAGAGUCUGCACAUAAGGACUUCAAAAAGGCAGUUGGAGCUUUUUCUGUAAUUUAUGAUUCUGAAAACCAUCAGCUUAUUAUUCUAUCAAUCAAUGAUGUAACAACGAAGCGGGCAAAUAUGCUGAUUGAUAUGCACUUUCGAAGUCUUCGUACCAAGUUAUCCCUGAUUUUGAGAAAUGAAGAAGCUAGCAAACAACUGGAGAGUUCUAGACAACUUGCAUCACGAUUUCAUGAACAGUUUGUUGUUCGUGAAGACUUGAUGGGUUUGGCUAUUGGCACUCAUGGUGCUAAUAUUCAGCAAGCUAGAAAAGUCCCUGGAGUGACUGCCAUUGAUCUUGAUGAAGAUACCUGCACAUUCCAUAUUUAUGGAGAGGAUCAAGAUGCAGUGAAAAAGGCAAGAAGUUACCUUGAGUUUGCUGAAGAUGUCAUACAAGUCCCAAGAAAUUUAGUAGGGAAGGUAAUUGGAAAAAAUGGAAAACUGAUUCAGGAGAUAGUGGACAAAUCUGGUGUUGUAAGAGUGAGAAUUGAGGCUGAAAAUGAUAAAAAUAUUCCACAAGAAGAGGGAAUGGUACCAUUUGUAUUUGUGGGAACCAAGGAUAGCAUCACUAAUGCAACUGUUCUUCUGGAUUAUCAUCUUAAUUAUUUAAAGGAGGUGGACCAACUACGUUUGGAAAGAUUGCAAAUUGAUGAGCAGCUUCGACAGAUUGGAGCUACUUCUAGACCACCACCAAAUCGUACAGAUAAAGAAAAAGGAUAUAUGACUGAUGAUGGUCCGGGACUCGGAAGGGGUAGUCGACCUUACAGAAACAGAGGGCAUAGCAGACGUGGUCCAGGCUACGCUUCGGGAACUAAUUCUGAAGCAUCAAAUGCUUCUGAAACGGAAUCUGAUCACAGAGAUGAACUUAGCGAUUGGUCAUUAGCCCAAGCAGAAGAGGAACGAGACAACUACCUUCGCAGGGGAGAUGGGCGAAGACGUGGAGGUGGUGCAAGAGGGCAAGGAGGGAGGGGUCGUGGAGGAUUCAAAGGAAAUGAUGAGCAGUCACGAACAGAUAACCGUCAGCGUAAUUCAAGAGAUGCAAAAGGGAGAACAGCAGAUGGAUCUCUACUGAUCAGAAUUGACUGCAAUAAUGAAAGGAGUGUUCACACUAAAACAUUACAGAAUACCUCCAGCGAAGGCAGCCGGCUGCGCACAGGUAAAGAACGUAAUCAGAAGAAAGAGAAAGCGGACAACGCAGAUGGUCAACAGCCGCUGGUGAAUGGGGUACCCUAAACUGCAUAAGUCUGAAGUCAUAUUUCCUGUACUGUUUCAGUAAUUCCUAUUCCACGUUAGAGAAACUUGUUAGGCCAAAGACAAAUAGUAGGCAAGAUGGCGCAGGGCAUGAAAUGAACAUAUGUUCUCUGUUAGCCUUUUUUUAACAUCAACAAUAUGCAGUUGUUUUCAGAACAAAAAGUUAUUAAAAUAUUUGCAUUAAAAAAUACCUGAAUUUCCGAAAAUUGCUUUCAAGUACAUAUUACACUUCAAAUAACUAAAGAAUCUUUUUUGUUUGUUUUAAAAAUACUGAGCUGUGCAUUGGUAAACUUUCUGUUCAGUUGUACCAUUUUUAACGCACUGGGUCAAAAUCACUGCUCAAUUUCAAUUCUCAGAAUAAAUAGUGUUUGCAGUAAUCAAAUUGGCUUCUGUUUUCAAUUUAACUUACAAGUUCUUCAUGAAAUGCUAUGUCGUUUUAUGUCCUGUGUCAGUUCACAUUCUGGUCCACCUUUUUCAGUAUUUUAGUGGACCCUGAAAUAUGUGUGAUGUAACAGUUGUCAUUUUCAUUAGCAAAAAAAGUUGUAUGAUCUGUGCCUUUUUUAUAUCUUGGCAGGUAGGAAUACUAUAUUUGGAUGCAGAAUUCAGGGAAGAUGAGUUGGUAACACUAAAUGUAAAAUAUAUGUAGCAAUCCUUGUCAGAUGUUAGUACUUUAUAGACAAGUGCAUGCUUUCCAUAAUUUUUCCGUACAUAAACAUUGGGUUAGACAGUUACAAGAAUAGGAAAUUUAUUUUGCACUGAAGAUUUGGCGAGUAGUGUUACUGAAAAAGGGGUUGUGACUUUUUCUUUGUAGGCAGUAUAGAUUUUUAAAAAAAAAAAAACUUAAAAAAAGCUUUUCAUUGUGGAGAACUUAAAGGAAAAUAAAUGAGAAAAAGAAGCAACAACAACAAAAAAAUACAACUCGUUGUUACUAAGAGAACAGAAGUAAUUUGUUCACAGCUAGUAAUGUGUGCCUGCUGUUUGGCCAGAUGACCAGUUUGAAGCACUAAUAUUUUUCAUCCUCCCAAAAAGUUCUGAAUUAUUGUUUUUAUUUGGGGACUGUCUCAGGAGAGGUAGAAAGAAAAUCGCCAUCCUGGAAAGUCCUGGUGUAGUAACUGGAGACACUGUGGCUGGAACAAAUCCAUCAUAUUUUGAGGCACAAGGUCUGAAUUACCAGCCCAUUGGAAUGAGAUGCAGAAUUUGAUCCAAAGUAUAGUCAUAAAUAGGGAAGCGUGGGAAGUAGUGGGAGGAGCUGUGCUUUCUUUUAUUUUUCAUCGCACAUUAAGCUUAAUGGGCACAGCUAUAUAAGUACCUCUAUUUUAAUCCAUUUUUUCAUUCAAAUUAUUCCAGAAUGAGAGCCACUCAUUAUGUACAGAAUUGUACAAACUUGACCUUGCCUCUGAUGUAUUUUGUGAGUUUUGUUUCUUUGCUUCCUACAUUCACUGUUUUCCUUGCAUACAGGUAAGAAUACUAAAAAUGGCAACAAACUGCACAUGAUUUAACAAAUAUAAAAAUGUCUUAAAAAGUAUUGCCAAACAAUGUUGAUUUCUAGUUAUUUAUUUUGGGAAUGUAUAGUAUUUGAAAACAGAAAUUGGUACCUUGCACACAUCAUCUGUAAGCUGUUUGGUUUAAAAUACUGUAGAUAAUUAACCGAGGUAGACUGACCUUGUAAUGUAACUGCUCUUGGGCAAUAUUCUCUGUACAUAUUAGCUACAACAGAUUGGAUUUUAUGUUGACAUUUGUUUGGUUAUAGUGCAAUAUAUUUUGUAUGCAAGCAGUUUCAAUAAAGUUUGAUCUUCCUCUGCUAACUGAUGUUGAUGCAAUCCUUAUAAAUGAUUGCUUUAAAAAAUCUCAAGGCAAUUAGAGAAAAUAUUUCUGUUUAGACCUUAACUGUAGCCUUUGUUACUUCCACAUUCUAGAAAAGUUCUGAAGUAUUACUGGUUUUCAAGAAUGUUGGCACAUAAUGCUCAAGAAAAUGUUCUCAUUAUGAAAUGGUACAAAAUCUGUUGAGUUGUCACACUAUAUGCACUAUAUCUCUUACAUUUAGUGGUGAGUUUACUAAGGUGUUAACUAGGUUAAAUGUGAAGUUAAACUACAGUUCUGACUAAUUAGUCACAUCCCAUUUUCAAGUGCAUUUUGGAAUUAUGACCUUUCAGUAUUUGUGUACUUAACAUGUAUCCUUUUCAAUUCAAAUUCUAGUGUUCUUAAAUGUUAUUAAAUUUCAACAAAUUAAACUGUGAAUCUAAAUGUUUAGUUUUACUUUGAAAAAUCAUGUGAUGGUUUAAAAAAAAAAACAAUUUGAAAGUGCAACAAAUGUCUGAUCAUUGAGUUCAGGUCUGUUGUAUCGGUAACUUAUAAAGUAUGGUCUAAUGAAUUAAAAUUAUUUUAAAAAUAAAGUUCUUUAAAAAGA